AUGACUACCGACUGGAACACCGAAAUCCUUCCCAGCUACGACGAACUCCCACCCUUCAAGAACUUCCCCGGUUGUGCUUGGGGAGUUUGGGGUGCUGACGAUCAGUUGGGCACGAUCAAUCUACUCACAGAGGCUGUCGUCAAAAAGAGCGCAACGGAGGAGAUCCGGACGGGCCGCACAGUUUCGCUCAACUGGCCGUUGAACUUCCCCUCCAAGCCCAUGUUCAACCGUAUUCCACCCGAAAUCAAUUACAUCCAGAGACAGAGAGAAGGUCGAAAUAUCUCCCGGUUUGUCCAGACACGCUGCGAUGCUUCCGGUUUAAAUGACGCCUCGCACAGCGAUGAUGAAAUCCAUAUCAACACUCAAUCGGGGUCUCAAUGGGAUGGGCUGCGGCACUUCCCUAUCAUGGAACACGAAACAUUUUAUAACAACACAUUGGCAACAGACCUUCCUCGCGGCAUCCACCAUAUCGAGGACCCACACCAAAUUGAUCCAACCUUCACGCGGAUUGGAAUCCAAAACUGGGCUAAUCACGGUAUUUGUGGACGUGGUGUUCUCCUUGAUCUCGUCAAGUUCCAAUCCAAGAACGGCGUUUUGCCAUAUGACCCUUGGACCACGCAUGGCUUCAGUCCGGCGGAGCUUGAAGCGUGUGCCAAGGCGGAAGGUGUAGAGUUCCGUCGCGGGGACAUAUUAAUUCUGCGUGCAGGAUUUAUCAAGAAGUACUACGAGAGCUCACAGGAGUUGAGGGGCUCUUUAAGAGGCAAACCCGAGACAAUGGCUGGGAUUGAGCAGUCGGAAGACAUGAAGCGAUUCCUUUGGAAUAACCACUUUGCCGCAAUUGCUUCUGACCAGCCUGCGCUUGAGGCACGUCUUGAUAGUUGGCCCCCUGCACCGGGAGUGCCGCAUAUGCAUCAGACGAUUCUGGGACUUUGGGGCAUGCCUAUCGGCGAAAUGUUUGAUCUGGAGAGACUUUCGCAGGUCUGUGCCGAGUAUAAUCGGUACACAUUCUUCGUGUCCUCGUGGCCCUUGAACAUCAUUGGCGGCGCCGCCUCGCCUCCCAAUGCGGCGGCUUUCUUCUAA